AUGACGACUUUGAACCUCAACGAGUUUGCUGAGGCUCAAAAGCCGCACUACAUCAUUAAACCCCGGGUGAAGAGGAGGAAAGUGACCUGCAAAAAAGGCGUUGAUCCAUUUGUAAAGCUUCUGUCAGGCAAAGAAUCCAUCGAUAUGGUGAAUAAGAGAUGGAUUCUUUACCACCAACUGCACACUCAGUUUUAUGCACAAGUUGAAGACAUAGUGCAAAGAAUAGAGCUUGAUUUGCGGCGCGAAAUAUCGAAUGUUUUAGGGAAGGAGACAAAGUCCAGUAAAACACCAUCUUUCAACUGCCUUUUUCUUCUGGGAUCAGAUAGCACGGCCAAUAUCGAAAUCAUGGAUGAGGAUACUCAAAAGGUGAACGUCAUUAUAGAUCUAACACCUAAAGAAUCCCCAAACGUCAGGAUGAUGCUAAGAAGAUCUAUGUUUAGGCUCCUCAGCUCUGCAGAAUCUUCACUAGCGGGAAGUACAACUGUUACUAAACAAGAAGUGUGUGACGAAGUAGCAGAUGAUGAUAACGAGCUUGAUACCCAGGCAGCAGCUGAUCUGGGCGUGUCUUAUGACCUGUCAUUGGUACAAAACUUCAAAAAAUUAUUUAAGAAGGGCUUAAAGCUGAUAUUCAAUUUCAAGGAUGUUGACUCCUUCAAUUCUCAGGUUCUUGAUGAUUUCAUAAAUCUUCUCAAAUCGUCACUUCAUUAUGAUUCCGUCGAGGUCUGUCUAGUGCUCAAUAUCAACACUAACUUGUCUAAUAUCCAAAAGAACCUCAGACAAUCCACAGUUCGACUGCUGAAAAAAAACUUCACAGUGAUAGACCUCAGUCACAAUAAAGGCUUUAAGUAUGCGAACCAGACGUUUCAGAGUUUCUUGAAUACAGUUGAUGGAAAGUUGAACCUGUCAUCCGAGUUCGUAGGUUUCAUUCUCGAAAAAAUGGCAAACAAUGCCACUCAUAAUCUACAACUGCUCACAAAGAUUUUGGAUUACUCUUUAAUGUCCUACUUUUUUCAGAACCCUUUUUCUGUCUUCAUUGACCCCACAAAUGUCUCGAAUCUAGACGAAAAUUACCUUCCUCCGCUGGUUAAGUGUCCAACAUUUAUGAAUUUCAUUGACGGUAUGGUUCGAAAUCACGCUUCAUCGAAAGAAAUUAUGAGUUUACUAGAGAAUCAAGAUUCGAGCCUGGAGGAAUUUUUUACAGAGUUUCUUGUUCGAGACAAUCCAAUCAAUGGUCAUCUAAAGCUUGUGGUUGAUGUGCUUGAAAAUCAGCUAGGAGUCUUCAAUUACAACCUCAUAGACCUAUACUACCAUAUGCUGACUGGAAAAUUGGCUCAAUUUCUAGCAAAAUGGCCGGAAUGCCAUGAGUUCGACGACAUCCUGAAAUUUGAGCCAGUCGACAUAAUUUUUCAGGAGCUCUUUACGCUUGACAACAGCAAGGAAUUAUUUUCACAAUCGCUUUUUCCUUACUUGCGUUCCAAUUUAGAAGACAACUUGAUCAAUUCUGAACGGAUUUUACCCCCCACGGUAAAAAGCGGAAGCGAUGCAAAUCCGUUUCAAGACGAUCUUGAAGCAGGAAUAGACCUGCCUCUUUGCCAUCUUUUCAGUUUGUACAGGGAAGCAAGCUCCUUAAUAAACUUGUAUGAUUUCUUCUGCGCUUUUAAGGAAACACUUCCCAAAGGACGUUUGGUGAAUUAUGCUAGAAGCGCAAUGGACCCUGAAAAGAAUGAACUCAACGCUGAAGAGCAGGCUAAAAUGAAUGAAUUGAUGAAAAAUCAUACUCUUGAUGAUGUCGUCGACAAAAUGAUACUAGUUUGGUUCAUACAGUCGGUAUCUGAAUUUCAGCAAAUAGGUCUUCUGAAGGCGAACAACAAUAGCUCAUACGAAGUUGUUGAGAAGUGUAUAUGGAGGGGUUUGUAA